AUGACUGCUGCUUGCCGUGGUUAUGCCGACCUCCUGUCCCGCGGUGGGCCGAACUGCCGCACUUUUCAAGAGGUCGCGCGGCAUCUUGGCUUGGUGCAAGAUGAACAGGAGUACCACUACGCGCUGCGCGAGGCCGCCACUUUCAUGACUGGCCCGAGACUUCGUUCUUUCUUUGUGAUCCUCUGCAACAUGGGAGCUCUGGCAGCUCUCCUGUGGGAUGUAUUCCGUGAUUCCAUCUGCGAGGACCACAUUGAACGUAAUCCUCUCGAUGUUGAACUGGCCUACAAGCUAGGUCUCAUCGAGAUUGAUCGUAAUCUCCGUCGGCAGGGCUCUUGCGUCGCAGAUCACGGCCUCCCCGAUGUACACGAUGACACGACGGAGUUGGGCAGAGAACUGCUCUUACACGGCGAAAAUCAACAGAGAGCGUUUGUGGAGGAGUGGGUGCCAAAGCUCUCUGAAGACCAACACCGUGUAUUUGAGUACGUUACCUCCGUUCUCAAUGCCCCAGCCAGCGGAACGUCUUCGAAAAUCAUUUUCCUUGACGGUCCGGGUGGCUACGGAAAGACCACUCUUAUUCGUGUCAUUCUCGCAUACGUGAGAGGUUGUCGUCAGGUUGCACUGGCAGUCGCCAGCUCUGGGAUCGCCGCGGGUAACAUGCCUGGUGGGACUACAGCUCACAGCAUGUUCCGGUUGCCACUCGACUUCGGUGACGGCACCGGCUUUUGGAAUAUCACCAACGGCUCCCAGCGAGCAGAGCUCAUCAGGGCUGCAAGGCUUAUUGUCUUCGAUGAGGCCCCGAUGGCACAUCGGUUUGUUUUCGAGGUUCUGGACAGAUCCCUGCGAGACCUCAUGCGUUCCAAUGAGCUAUUCGGUGGCAAAAUCUUCCUCUGCUGUGGCGACUUCCGCCAGAUCGCACCCGUCGUUGUGAACGCUCGAACGCCAUCUGACAUAGUUUGUGUUUCUCUUCGGGCUUCCCAUCUGUGGCAGCAUUUCAAAAUUUUUGCCCUGACGACAGCUCAUCGGACUAGUGGUUCCACAGCCUAUUCCGAAUUCCUUCUUGAGGUAGGCAACGGGACUGUCAGUUCGACAACUUUCUUGGAGGGACGGAACGAACAAAGUCUAAUUCCGCUGCACGGGAUUAGACAAGUGACGUCUUUGACUGAUUUGGUCGAUUCCGUCUUUCCCGCAAACGUCCUACUCGACUCUGAUAUGUGUUCGCGACGCGCAAUCCUCUCGACUCUGAUAGUGAACGUCAAGGAGAUCAACGACCUCAUCUUGAACUCCCUCGACGGUCAUCUGUACGAGCUGAGGAGCGCCGACACAGUUGACAGAGAGAACGACGAUGGCCUGGAUGUCGACGUUCAACUCCUGAAUACGGCUACUGGCAAGGGCGUACCAGACCAUGUUCUGCGGCUGAAGAUCGGCUCUGUUUGCCUCAUUAUGAGGAACCUCAACAUCGCUGAAGGACUCGUCAACGGCACUAAAGUCAUCGUAAUCGGCAUCUCCAACCGCCUGAUUACAGUGAGACUUCCCGGACAGACGCAACCUAAUUGGUAA